GCCACCUUGGCGGCUGGCAGCAUGAUGCAGGCCCACGGAGAUUUCGACGUUGCCCUCUCCAAAUACAAGGCGGUAGCCAGCACUGCGCCGGAAAGCCCCCCGCUGUGGAACAACAUUGGGAUGUGCUUCUUUGGGAAGAAGAAAUACGUAGCAGCUAUCAGCUGCCUGAAGCGGGCAAACUACUUGGCUCCCUUUGACUGGAAGAUCUUGUACAAUUUGGGGUUGGUCCACCUCACCAUGCAGCAGUAUGCGUCCGCUUUCCACUUCCUCAGCGCCGCCAUCAGCUUCCAGCCCAAGAUGGGAGAGCUGUAUAUGCUCCUCGCAGUUGCUCUGACAAACCUGGAAGACAUUGAGAAUGCAAAACGUUCCUAUGAGCAAGCUGUGGCACUGGACAAGUGCAACCCCCUCGUCAACCUGAACUAUGCCAUCCUGCUCUACAACCAGGGCGACAAGAAAGGAGCCCUCUGCCAGUACCAGGAGAUGGAAAGGAAGGUCACUGCGGCCAAGGAGAGCGCUACUCUUGACUUUGACCCUGAGAUGGUGGAGGUUGCCCAAAAGAUGGGAGCUGCCCUGCAGGUCGGGGAGAGCCUGGUCUGGAGUAAACCUUCUAAAGAGUCGAAAUCCAAGCAGCGAGCUGCUCCGUCAGGGAAGUCCUCCAGCACUCAGCAGCCUUUGGGCUCUAACCAGGCCCUGGGUCAAGCCAUGUCCUCCGCUGCGGGGUACGGGAAAACCAUGCAGCUACCCUCAGGUGCCGGAGCAUCAGCUCCACUUGCAAAGCCUCCCUCGCUGCCUCUGGAACCAGAACGGGGCUCAGAAACAAGCCCCGAGGAGACCUCAGCACCAACGGGACCCGAGGAACAGAGGAAAGAAAAGCGCAGGAGCCGGCAGGCAGCGGACUAG